GACUCUGGGUAAAUUCAGACAGGAAGCCUCGUCACAUCAUGUCAGCUCUCAAUCAAACCAGCUUUCAUCCUGCCUCCUUCUUCCUGACUGGCAUCCCAGGCAUGGAGGAGCUGCACAUCUGGAUCUCCAUCCCAUUCAGCCUGAUGUACAUCGUCACACUUUUCGGAAAUUUUACCUUAUUAUUUGUCAUUGUAACGGAGCGAAGCCUCCACGAGCCCAUGUACCUUUUGCUGGCCAUGCUGGCCGUCUCUGAUCUAAUAUUGUCUUCCUCUACAGUGCCCAAAACUCUGAGCAUAUUCUGGGCACGUUCCAAGGAAAUCUCUUUUGAUGCCUGCCUGACCCAGAUGCUCUUUACACAUAUUAGUUUUAUUGCGGAGUCAACGAUCCUGCUGGCCAUGGCGUAUGAUCGGUAUAUUGCCAUAUGUGAUCCCUUGAGGUACACGACUGUGCUAACACAUUCAGUGAUAGCCAAAAUAGGGCUGGCAGCUCUAGCUAGAAGCUUUUGCGUAAUGUUCCCAACACUUUUUCUCCUUUGGAGGCUACCGUACUGUGGACACAACAUUAUGCCUCACACGUACUGUGAGCACAUGGGCAUAGCCCGGCUGGCCUGUGCCGACAUAGCUGUCAACAUCUGGUACGGUUUUACUACAACUCUUUUAUCACCAGGACUGGACGUUGUGCUCAUUGUUGUGUCUUAUGUUCUCAUCCUCAGGGCUGUCUUUAGGCUCCCGUCCAAGGACGCCCGGCUCAAAGCUAUUGGGACCUGCAGCUCCCACAUCUGUGUCAUAGUCAUGUUUUAUGUGCCAGCGUUCUUCACCUUUUUCACACAUCGGUUUGGCCACAACGUCCCCCACAACGUUCACAUCCUACUGGCCAAUCUCUAUGUGCUCCUUCCACCCAUGUUAAACCCCAUCGUCUAUGCAGUGAAAACUAAGCUAAUUUGGGAAAAGGUGGUCCGCAUGUUCUCCAAAGUAGGGCAGUGGUGCUGAAUGCUGCGACUGGGAAGCUAUCCCAUUAGAAAUAAACCAGAUGGAAAUUGUGGGCUCCAGUGAGGCCCUUGAGGAAAUGGGAACUUUUUUUAGACCAUUUUAGAUGGUCUCUUCCUCAUUUCAGGCUCCAUGGUGUAGCAUUUGCUGAUCAGAGGAAUUGUGAGUCUCUCCUAAGACUAAAGCAUGGCAUUUAGAAAACAAAGAGAAACAAAGGAUCACAAAUGUGAAGCUGGUAGGACCUAAGGACCAGAGCUUCAGCGUGUGU